CGGCAGCACUGCUCCUGAACGAACAUGAACACAUAUUUCAUUGUCGGUGGACAAGCAUUCCACGCCGUUUUGACCCUUUUUUUGCUUUGUUUUAUUCUCUCCCUUUGAGUGACAGCUCGGUGGGCUCCGCCUCCUGUCGACCGGUGGCUGGCGGGCCGUCCUCGGCUGCGCGGGGGAGGCCGGCUCGGGCUUGCGGGUGCGCGGAGGCGCGGAGGCGACGAUGCGGCUGCUCGCAUGCGGCGCGUGUCGCAGAUGACGCGCAAUGGACGCAGUGCUGCUGCUGCUGCUGGGGGGGGGGAGCAUCUGACGAUGCUGAGGGAGGAGGAGGAGGAGGAGCAGGAAGGACGCCUUUGUGGUGUGGUCGCUUCUAUUUUAAGCCAGCUCGGACCGGGCCAACAUUCGGUGGAUCCACGGCGAGGAUGAGGAUGAGGAUGAGGAUCCUGCACACCCUCCACCAGCUGUGAACACGAGACAGAGGCGACAGCAUCUCGGCAUCGAAUAAGGUUGUUCAUUAGAGUGGACAAAGACAACCGCGGAGCCUGGACUCAUCCACACAAACGUCCUUCAGUCUCCCGGGCGUCAUCACGAGAAGGCCCGCGAGGGGCAGUUGUUGCCGUUAUUGUGCUUUAGCUGGACGAAAUAUUCCGAGCAAUGCGGGACUAUCAGGACGACGUCUAAGCGAAGAGCAUCGCUAUCUGUAUUGCGAUUGCUAGCGAGAAGCGAGAGCCUCUCUCGAUGAGGCUCACGUGGAGCGCCAUGCUGCAGCACAACAACAACAACAACUACCCGUGCCAGAAGGCGGCCCACCGCGAGGCGCCCCUCAAGUGCGCCUCGGCCUCCCGGCUGCUCCCCGGCAGGAUGGAGCUGGGCCUCGGGGACCUGCCGCUCAUCCGGGGCCUGCGGGCCUGGGCGCUGUGCUCCAAGAACCGGCAGAAGGCCGGCGUCCCGGCGGGCGGCCGACGAGCACCGGUGACGCCGCCCGCCGGUCGGAGGACGUCCCGUCCCGGACAGGCGGGUGUGGACCCGAGCGGGGCGUGGGGUUCGGGGUACGGCCUCCCUCAGGCCGGGGCGGGCGCCCUGGUGACGGUGGCCACUCUGAAGACAUCUGAAGGCAACGGGAAGACGCAGACUCAGUGCCUCUUUCUGCGGAACGACAAAGGAAGUUAUUCGUACUCCGCAUCUGGGGGUACAAGCGGGGCCGGGGGGUGGCUCAGGGGGAAGUCAGGUACAGGUACCGGGCGGCAAGACAUUGUUUCUGCUCUCCAAACACAGACCGCGGCGAGCCGAGUCCGAGCGCGCUCGGGCCGGAGAUGGAGGAAGUCCGGUCACCCGGUCGGCCGAGAGAAAAGACAUCCUGAUAAGGAAGUCGCCGAGAAGCAGGAAAAGCUAAGCAAACCCGGUUCGCAGUGCCUCGCCAAUCCCGAAGGGGAGGCCUGUCGGGAACACGGAGGACCGAGGGGGACUCCCGGAUGGCUCCAGAAUCGGUCCACUGAGGAAGGUCCAAGGAAGACCAGUCACGCUGCCAGCCAAGACGACAAAUCUGACGAGGAAGUCACAGUGAAACAGGAAGAGCUAGACAAAGUGUGUCCAGACCGCCUCAGCAGUCCCCAAGGGGAUGCCUGUAGGAAAAGCCGAGGACCAGGGGGGAGUCCCGGAUUCCAUCAGAUUCCUUCCGACAAGGAAAGUCAGACGAAGUCCAGUCACGUGGCCAACCGAGACCAAAGACUUCCUGAGGAGGAAGUUACUGAGAAACAGGAAGAGCCAGACAAAGUCAGUCCGGAGCGCCUUGAAAGUCCCGAAGCGGGAGUCGGUCGGGAAGGCGGAGGACUGCGGAGGAGGCCUGGAUGCCUUCAGAAUGCUUCCAAUGAGGAGAGUCCAAGCAGAGAAGGCACUCUGAGUGGAAUGAAGGGGGAGUGGGAACAGAAUGCGGAGGAGGACGAGAAGGGGAACGAACUCUGCCGGAAUGAUCCUUGUAUUUCAGCGGGGCCCAACCCGGAGCUGGAAUCUUCUCACUCUCACUCGGAAUGUGAGGGCGGAAAAGACUCCGUAAACAUGACAAAGAGACCGGAUGAGGAAGAGAGCACUAUCCGGGCGACUUUUGGUCACACCGCAGCCACGAGCAGAUGCCCCGAGGCCUCCCAUACUGCAGGGGGCGGCGCUUGCCAAGCUGAAGGUUGCCAGGUUGGGAGAGCGCUCGGGAACAGCGGUGUGCGACCGGAGCCAAAGCCAGACCCCGAGCUGGAGCACAAUGUGACAAACGCAACGAGGGAAUCAUCAUCUUUUUCUUUUUCAAGACAAAGCUUCCAACGGGAAUUCGUGGAGGGGAAAGGAGCUGAUUGGGUGCCAAAGGAGUUUGUGCGUGGAUGCAUGCCAACUCCCGCUGGUCCCCGCCCGCAUAAUCCCACGCCCUCCCCGCCCCUGUCGGCCGCCGUGGCGACCGGUCAGCCCCGCGCCGAGGCAGAAGAAGAAGGAGGAGGCAAAGACGGCACAGCGCUGGAAAGCCGGGACAGAAAACAGGAGGAAGAGGAAGAGGAAGAUGAGUUCGGAGUGUUCAUGCAAGCGGGCGGUGGAGAAGAGUGCGGCCAGGGCGGCGCCGUUUCUGCCCCGCUGCCUUGCGGGAGCUCAGCGGCGUUCGGGAGCAGUGCGCUCUCCGGGGAGUCGAGCGAACGGAGGCCCGCCCGGACGGGAAGCCCGGACGCCCGGACGGCCUUUCGUCGGGACGCGGCGGGAUGGCGGUGGCCGGACGAGGGAAGGACGCACGACGAGGCGCUCGACCGCCGACUGGCGCGUGUCUUUGCCACGGCUUUCCCCUCGCUGCCCACCUCGGCGCCCCGCCUCCCGGCCGACGUCAUUCCCACAUUGGCGCAGCUCCUCGAAAGCAGCAGUCAGGAGCAGCGGCUGCUGGACGGCUUCCGCGACGUCGGCAAAAUGUCCGCCCGGAGAUACAAACGCGGCGGCGUGUCCCGAAGUCUCCUGCUGAGCUCGCUCCGAGUCGAGCAGCCCAACACCGAGAGCCGAGCCGCCGCUCGGUCGGCCGAUCGGCGCCCCUCCCCCGGCCUGCGCUCGCCCAAUCGGCACCCUCGCAACGCGGCGGCCAAGCGGCGGCUGUCGUGCGACUGCGACGCGAGCGGCCCCAAGUGACGGCGGCGUCCGGUGUUUUGUUUUUGGCGUUUUUUUUUAUUUUUUAUUUUUAUUUUCAAUCUGGCGACGGCACGGACUCCCGCAUUGCUUUGACUUAUUUUGGAAUUGAAAACAGUCGACGAUGGCUGUUUGGACUUAAAAAGGACAAAGUGCAUUUUUAGGGGCGGAGCGCAAACCUUUAACACGGUUUAGAUUUGCCAGAUGAAGAAUACAGGAGACUGUUGUCACGUGUCGGACACAGCCGCCGCUUGCCAGAAAUUCCUGCAGCUUUCAUGUUCGCCUCGUUUCCUCUCAGCCUUGCAGUGGAUUUUUCUUUUGUGAGUUUUUGUAGCGCUGGAUUACAGUUACAUUUUUAUUCUACACCGUUUAGCUUCACCCCAGCCAAGAAAUAUGGGCAGAUUGUUGUUCCACGUAGGACACAGACAGAAAUUCCUGCUGCUCCUUUGUUCUUCUUGUCUUUCCACUAAGUGUCUUUUUUAUCUUGCACCAAAAUGUUGUUUCUUCUUUCUUUUUAACUGUGAAUUACAAAAUCCCCAGAGCCCAGACAGUGGAUUAAAUAUGGGAGAUUGUUGUCACAUGUAGGAAUUUCUGAAGCUCCUUCCAUGUUGAUCGAUCCUUCUUGUCGUUUCAGUGGAUUAUUUGUCUUUUUGUUGUACUGGAAUACAAUUAAGUUUUAUUUUGCACCGUUCAGCUUCACUAUAGCUUAAAUAUGUAUACAAAAAAUAUGGCAGAUUGUUGUCUCGUGUAGGACCGAGGCAGAAAUCCCUACAGCGCUUUCGUUCAUCUUUUCAGCAUGUGAAUUGUGUGGACUGCAGCUACCAUUUUUUGUUUUUGAAAACACUGGAAUACAAGCGUCCCCACAACCACGACAGGAGAUUAAACACAUGAGAUUGUUGUCACAUGUAGGAUAUAGCCACCACGUGUCAGAUAUUCCUGCAGCUCCUUUAACGUUGCUACAGGCCACUUCUAAUCUUUCCAGUGGCUGACUUUGGGUUUUAGUUACACUGGAAUACAAUUAAGUUUUAAUUUACGCUGUUCGGCUUCCCCAUAUCUCAGUCAAGGCAGAUUGUUGUCACAUGCAGGGCGUGGUCUGAAAUUCCUGCAGCUUGUUUUUUUUUCAGGAAGUAGGUUUUUAAAAAUGUGUACGCUGUUUAGCUUCCCCACAGUAUGAAGAAUACGGCAGAUUGUUGUCACGUGUAGGACUCGGCCACAAUUCCCCGCAGUUCCCUUUUUUGGGAAAUGUUUAGUUUUUAAAGGAGGACUGCAAGCGCAAUUUUGUGCUUUUAAAAAAUAAAAAUAAAAAACACUGGAAUGCAAGCGAGAGAAGUUGAUGACACGAUGCCUGCUCAUUGGUCACCGGUGUGCAGUAGGCGGCGCCGAGGAGCACUCACGUGACAGUUGCGUGGUGGCGUGUUUAGACAAGGCCGCGGUUUGUUUUGAGGGUUUGUCGCCUCGCUGCUGACGUGGACUCAAAUCCCCGUGUUCCGCUUCCCGUCGUCUCCACGCGAGCAAUGGAAAUGUGUUGCCACGGGAACGUGAUCUGUUUACUUUGCGGACCGGGACGUCUCCCGCCGCCGGUUUCUUUGUUCGUUGUCCUGCUGUGUUUGUACCGUCACGGUUUUCACCCCAACGAGGAAGGCCGUGACCUGAUCGUCAAAUAAAUUGACCCUGCUCCCUC